UUUCCUGCUGAUUUGAUCUGCUCUACCAUGGCUCCUCUUUUCUUAUUGCUUUUGAUCAUGCUUUCCAUCCCCAACUUUCCAAUCUUCGCUUUUCCUCACUCUUAUCAGCACAAACAACAACAAUUGCUCUUGCGAUUCAGAGAUGCCAUUUCUCACAAUAAUACCACAUCUCUGCCCGACUGGAGUCCCCAUCGACCCCUCUGCAAUUGGUCUGGUCUUACCUGCGAUUCCUCUUUUCAGUCCGUCCUCGCCCUAAACUUAUCCCAGAUGAACUUACACGGCACCAUCUCUCCUGUUCUGGGGAAUCUCUCCUCUCUCCGAUCCCUAGAUCUCACCAACAAUGCCCUCAGCGGUCACAUUCCACCUCAACUUGGCCAACUAUCCUCUCUCCGAUCGUUAGAUCUCUCCAGCAAUGCCCUCACUGGUCACAUUCCACCUCAACUCGCCCAACUUUCCCGUAUGCAUAAACUCUGGCUGUGGGCCAAUCAGUUACAAGGAACAAUUCCCCCCUCUCUCUCCGCUUGCCGCAGUUUGCAUGACCUGAGACUCUCAUAUAACCAACUGCAUGGCAGCAUUCCGCCUGAGCUGACUCGGCUCACAAGCCUAAAGUAUCUUUACCUAGGAGGAAACUAUCUGACAGGUACCAUUCCCCGUUCUUUAGGGAAUUUGUCCGCCUUAGUUGAUUUGUAUUUGGAAGAAAAUGAUCUCACAGGUGCCGUUCCCCCUGGAUUGGGAAGGCUCACUCACCUGCAGGUUCUUUCCCUUUGGCAAAAUAACUUAUCAGGCACCAUUCCCUCCUCUUUAGGAAAUCUCUCAAAAUUGACUGAUUUGUAUUUGUUUGAAAAUGAUCUCGCAGGUACCAUUCCCCCUGAAUUGGGCAUGCUCACUGAUCUGCAGCUUCUUUACCUUCAUAGAAAUAAUUUAUCAGGAACCAUUCCCAGCUCUUUAGGGAAUCUCUCAAAUUUGACAAAAUUAACCUUGUUCAAAAAUGACCUCAGGGGUACCAUUCCUCCUGAAUUGGGCAUGCUCACUCAACUGCAGCUUCUUUACCUGUAUAAAAAUAACUUAUCAGACACCAUUCCCAGAUCUUUAGGAAAUCUUUCAAAAUUGACAAAAUUAGACUUGUCAGAAAACCAUCUCACUGGUCCCAUUCCCUCUGAAUUGGGAAUGCUCAGUCAGCUUCAAUUGCUUUAUCUUUUCACAAAUAACUUAUCAGCUAGCAUUCCCCGUUCUUUAGGAAAUUUGUCCGCUCUGGUUGAAUUGCCAUUGCAAGAAAAUAAUCUCACAGGUACUGUUCCCACUGAAUUGGGUAUGCUCACUCAGCUGCAGGUUCUUUGCCUCAGGCGAAAUUACUUAUCAGGCGCUAUUCCCAGUUCUUUAAGAAAUCUCUCAAAAUUGACUGAUUUAGACUUGUCACAAAACCAUCUCCAGGGUACCGUUCCCCCUGAAUUGGGCAUGCUUACUCAGCUGCAGUUUCUUUACCUUUAUAAGAAUAACUUAUUGGGCACCAUUCCCCCCUCUUUAGGAAAUCUCUCAGAAUUGACAGAGUUAGCCUUGUCAGGAAACCAUCUCCAAGGUACCAUCCCCUACUCUUUAGCAAAUCUUUCGAAAUUGAAGAGAUUAGAGUUAUCGGAAAACCAGCUUAGUGGGCAGAUUGCAUAAAAAUUUGUACUCAAGGAAUAUAUUGGCUAUAUUGCCCCAGAGUAUGGAUUGGGUGGGAUUUUUUCAAUGGAGGGAUAUGUUUAAGGUUAUGGAUUUCUGAUAUUAGAGAUGGUUCCAAGGAAGAAACCAAGUGAUGACCUGUUUGUGGGAAGCUUCGAAAGUGGCUGAGGUGAGCUUUUUCGAACACAUCGGCAGCUAUUGUUGGAAGCGGUCUAUUUGGAGACGUGGAUGAAACCAUUGAAGGCAAAAGAUGUCUUCUUCUUUUCGUUUAUGCUGAUUUGCUGUGUACCAUUGAAUCACCAAGAGAGCUUCUUCCAAUCUAACAUCCCACAGUCAGAUCCUAGAUUUUACAUGUUUAUAAGGUUAUUAAGAAGUUUUAAUACUCCAUAUUUGCUAGUUUCAUGUUUGUCUUCUUUCUGUAAAAAUCCUCCAUUAGUUGAAUCGAACAAGUUUGAGAAAGUAUACUGUUGCCUAUGUACUUACUGAAAUACUGCAAAACGUGCAAUAUGUUGUC